CCAACCGGCCAUCGUCUAUUUUCAUCUUCUUUUCAAAAGAACGCGGUUGUUGACUAUAAAAGAAGUCAGUGUUUCACUAGAACGAAGUGAACUUUAUUUAACUUUCAACAUUGCAAGUGAGCAUUUCAUUUGAAUCGGUUAGCGCUUAAGUGAUCAAUCAUUUUUAAGAUGAACUCCUCUCGCUCUUACUCGAUUCAUACUCUUCGAGCUCCACCUACGUCUCAUCGCCGUCAGGAAGUUCCCCGCUCCACGACGAAGAGAAAUUUCAAAAUCCCACGCAUGGGUACACAAGUACGCACCAAUCAUGUAGGAAUGUUUACUCCUGAAAUGGCUAAGCGUCUUGCUGCUCUCGUUAAGAUGGAGAAAGGCAUGCUUAGGACUUACGAGGUCCUUGCUGAUGAGCGCAAAGCUUGUGCCAACCAAUUGUCCUAUUGGGGUGAGGACUGUGAUGAUGAUAUUAGCGAUAUAAGUGAUAAGAUCGGUGUUCUCCUUUACCAAAUUGGCGAACAAGAAGAUCAUAUGAUUGACAAGCACGAUCAAUAUCGUGUUUCUUUGAAGACUAUUCGUAAUAUUGAAGCGAAUGUUCAACCUGCGCGUCAGAGGAAAGAAAAGCUUCUGAAUGCUAUCUAUGAGAUGAGACAACGCGAACCCGACUCUCCCAAACUCAUUUCAAUGGAACAAGAAUUGGUUCGUGAAGAGGCUGCUUGCUUGGUUGCCGAUGCUCAGCUUACAAACAUCACUCGCGAAAACUUUAAGCUUGCUAUGAACAUCAACAUUAGUACUCUUCUUGAACAUUCCGAAAAGAUUGCUGUUCUAUGUGGCUAUGCUAAGAAGAUACUUGACCUCCUUGAUGACACCCCAAUUACGCCUGGUGAACCUCGUCCUAUAUAUGAUGGAUACGACAUCACCAAAGAUUAUGUUUUAGAAGCUGAGAAAGAGGUUUCUAACUGGCAGUCUCCUUUUGUUCCUUCUGAACCUUUGACCGACAUUGAUGGACUUCCAAUCCAGAGCCAUUACCAGCCAGAAUACCAAAGAAACUACACUCGAUACAACGAAGGUGCAGAUCGUGGAAAUCGUCAGCAGAACAAUGAACCUGGUUAUGUGACUGGUACAACUCAUACUUACACUGGAAGAAGCUAUGAGCGUCCACAGGGUGAAGAAUUUCAGCCUAAUGUUCUUCAAGACACCCAAUAUGUUGAUAACUUCGAAGUAGGCGAAGAGGACGAUCUUGAUGUUGAAUCCCAACCUGGACAUGAGCAAGGUUCUUAUCCUCCUCAGUCUCAUGCCGUCGCAGCGUAAACUGAAGCUAGACGUCAUGAUGGCAUUGAAACAGCUUUUAGCGUUUUACGAUUCUAACGCUCUGUAUUGGUUAAGUUAUAUAUCUUUGGUUAAGUCAUUGCAUCCUUUUUUAUCGUCUAUCUAUUUCAUUGGAUUUUACAGUUUUAAUAACGUGUUCACAUUAAUUCUCCAAUUUAACUUGCGUUUCUUUCUUUAGUUAUUCAUUGGUAUCGAUGAUCCAGGAAUUUUUUUUUGUUUUUUCUUCUUAAUAAUGAUAAAUAGUAAUAAUAACUCAAAUGUUGGAAGUGUAUAUAUACAUUAUGAACGGUUUAUUGAAUUUUUUAGUUACCAACCUUAGUGAAUUAGAUGCUGUUUUUGUGAAUAAUAUAGC